AUGCGGCAAAAGGCUGAGCGAAAGCAGGAAGCAGCAAAGCGCAAGCAAGAAAAGGAACGUGCAAUACUAGAGCGUAAGCGUGAGCGCGAAGCUAAAAAGGCAGCUCGGCAAGCAGUUGAACUGCAAAAAGCAGAAGAGAGAGACGCUAAAAUGAAGGCAAAGGCUCUUGCCAAACACCAGGCAACCGAUCAAGACCCGAAGCCCAAGCGAAAACGCCGAAACACUCGUCCGAGGAAGCAAAACCCCACUUCAAUUAGUGUAGAUGAUAGUCAAGAUUGCAACUUCAACAUCGGCCAGAUGGUGGAGAUUCCGAGUUUGACGACCGAUAUUUCAGCCCCUGCGUAUACUACAGGGACAACGGAGGCACGAUUGGAUGCAGGAAAUGCAGUUCUAUCGUAUGAUCCAGGCGACGGGAACUACACAGCUCACCAGGAGUCGUUUGUGCAGUUGAUGUCGUCUUCGGUCACCGAUUUUGGGAUUUGUUGAGUUUGACUUAGUUUCGCUAUACUGGUUGCGCGAUAAUUAGCAGGCAGUUUUCAC